CGGCGGCAUCGAGGUCCUCCAUCCCCCGCUGCUGCCGCCGCCGCUGGUGCUGCUCAUUCUGCUCCUCCUGCAUCCAGAGUCAUGGGCAACACGCCGGCUGCCAAACGGGGAAACGAGAUGGAAAGCGUUCGUGAAUUCUUGGCUCUGGCCAGGGAAGACUUCCUCAGGAAAUGGGAGACUCCUGCACAGAACACUGCGUCUCUGGACCAGUUCGACCUGCUGAAGACUCUGGGUACGGGCUCAUUUGGCCGAGUGAUGCUCGUCAGACACAGAGAGAACGGCCAGCACUACGCCAUGAAGAUCCUCAACAAGCAGAAGGUGGUGAAGCUAAAGCAGAUUGAGCACACUCUGAAUGAGAAGAGGAUUCUGCAGGCCGUCAGUUUUCCCUUCCUGGUGCAGCUGGAAUACUCCUUUAAGGAUAACAGUAAUCUGUACAUGGUGAUGGAGUACGUUCAGGGAGGAGAGAUGUUCUCACACCUGCGCAGGAUCGGCAGGUUCAGUGAACCCCACGCUCGCUUUUAUGCAUCUCAGAUUGUUUUAACGUUUGAGUAUCUGCAUGCUCUGGACCUCAUCUACAGAGACCUGAAACCAGAAAACCUCCUCAUCGACCAGCAGGGCUACAUACAGGUGACAGAUUUUGGCUUUGCUAAGCGGGUGAAAGGUCGUACGUGGACGCUGUGUGGGACGCCGGAGUAUCUGGCUCCAGAGAUCAUCCUCAGCAAGGGGUAUAAUAAGGCGGUGGAUUGGUGGGCUCUGGGCGUGUUGGUGUACGAGAUGGCGGCUGGUUAUCCUCCGUUCUUCGCUGAUCAGCCCAUUCACAUCUACGAGAAGAUCGUCUCAGGAAAGGUGCGCUUCCCCUCCCACUUCAGCUCGGACCUGAAGGAGCUGCUGAGGAACCUGCUGCAGGUGGACCUCACCAAGCGCUACGGGAACCUCAAGAACGGUGUCAACGACAUCAAGGGUCACAAGUGGUUCUCCACCACGGACUGGAUAGCCAUUUACCAGCGGAGGGUGGAGGCUCCGUUUAUCCCUAAGUGCAGGGGUCCUGGUGACACCAGCAACUUCGACGACUACGAGGAGGAGGAGAUCCGAGUGUCCCUCACCGAGAAAUGUGGGAAAGAGUUCGCUGAGUUCUAGACAGAGGGAGGUAGAGCGAGGUAGAGGGAGGAUGAGCAUGAGGGAUGUUUUAUUUUCUGUGUUUAGAAGCAGCUAAGGGAGCACAGCUACGAUGAUGAUGACGAUGACGUUGACAACGGCGAUGAAGACCGCGGCCAACAGACCAGACGAGUGUUGCCUUCACCAUCGCGGUUCUGCAGCGACGCUCAUAUUCUACUCUAUUCAGUUUAUCGACUUCUUAGUUUUGGCGUAUCUGGACGAUGUGAUGGUUUUUUGGUGGGGAGUUGAGGGAGUUUCGGAGAUCAGUCGAGUCGUUAGCGAUCGGUUGAGUUAGCGUGAUAGCGAGAUAGCAAGAUAGCGAAAUAGCAAGAGAGGGAGGUCCAGCAGCAGUCGUCUACACCUCAGGACCUUCAGAGCUGCGCUAGGCCACCAUAUCAACCACCACAGACACUGAAACCACGUUCGUGUAAUAACCGACAUAUCCGUCUUACUGCGUUUAGGCCUUCUUUGUGUUGCUGUUUCGUUUUAAUGCAGGAGUCAAAUGGUUUUUAAUAAUGGUGAACAAAUAAGCCAUGGUUCUAUCAUACUUGUAGUGCCAAGUGUUUGGGUUUAUCAAUAUAAUUAAUAUUAUUAUAAUUAUUAUGAUUACUAUUAUUUGUUCUUGUUUAUUAUUAUAAUUAUUAUGAUUUGAUUGUGUGAGCAUAUCUUUUUGAUUAAUCUCUAAUCGGAUAAAAAAAGAAAAAUUAGUGCCAUGAGCGGAGAGUCAGGAUCAGCUCACAGGUCGACUGAUUGAUUGAUUAGUUGAUUAGUUACUAAUAAUUUGGCAUUUUGAUUGAUGAUCUUGGUUCCCUUUCAUCUAAUGCCUUUGAGACACUUUAGGGUAAAACAUUCCAUAUUUUAUUUAUGGCUAUUUUAUGCCUAAAAGAACUGACCACUUAAAUUAAAUAUAUUUAAUUUAAUAGUACUCAUAAAUUUCCCAUCUUUCCUCUGUUUAAACACCAAAUAUUGGGCAUAGUUUGGUCUGGAACAUUCAUUAUACAUAAGUAAUAUAACUAAACACAUACAAAUACUGAAGAAAUACAUAUUUACUUUAUUUACUUUAUUUAUCGAACAUAAUUAAUAGAAAUGUAAUAUUCUUUUAAAGAAAAUCACAUAUUACUGCUUAAGACAUGCAGGCAGUGCAUUGCUAUUUGAACUCAUUUAACAUUCAGUUUGAGUAAACCACAGCAACCACCAUAACACCACCCUAGGAUACACCUAGCCAACAUUAAAAGCAAGAAUAGCAACACCAUAUAGGAUCCAACUCACUGACACAGCAACGUCAAGCAAUACCUGAUCAACCCAUGCCUGUGGUAACCAUGGUAACGCCGUAGCAACUGACUCCUAUACCAUGGCACCAUUGUAGCUACUCCUUUAUGACUCCUAUACGUCCAUUGCAGCACCUUAGCAACCGACCACCUGGAAACAACUUGAGUUACGAACACCUACACCAUAGCAACACCUUAGCAACCACCUAGCACAGUACAGAAUCACAUAAUUACAUUUAUAUUGGUUACAUUUGAUAUCUGAUGUAUAAAGGUAAAGUUUAAAUACAUUUCCUAAGAUGUAUGAGUUUAUUUAUAUUACCUUCAUCUCUGAACACUUCAUCUCUGGUUACAUAAAUAUCAAAUAGACAAAAAAAGAUUAAUUCUGAUUAGUGAUUUUUUUAUUAAGCGUUUAAAACACAUUUCACUUUCCCACCAAAAAUGUAUUUAUUCCAAAAAUAGCAGAAAUCAGACAUUCUCUGAAGCCCUAAACUGCUGAAAUAAACAGUGGACAAAAGUCAUGGGACACCUGCACAUCCAUUGUUUCUUCUUUUUAAACCAAGGGUAUCCUGCUUUUGUUGGAGUAACUGUCUCUACUCACCAGGAAAGACCUUCUACUAGAUUCUGAAGAACGAUGAAAAGAUGGAUCUAUAUGUCAUAUAUAUAAUAUUAUUGUCAUUUAAAGACGCACACAAAUUGAUAAUAUAAUGGCAAAAUAAUACAUUUACACCCUCCUUUUAAAAGUGCUUUUAAUUAGCAUUUAAUUUUUAAGGAUUAAAGUUCGAAUUUGAACUUGUUAAAACAGCCCAAAUGAAUAAAACAAUACUGUAAUGAAAAACUGUAAUGAAACUGCUGUUUUAAAGGAGAACUCUGGUGUAAAAUUUACUUUUGUUGUAGUAAAACAUGAAAAAAAAGUACUUACCUUUGUUGAAUAGCCCACCUUUAUUCUCGUACAGCAUUCCAAAAUCUAGGAAUUUUAAGCUUUUUUGCCCAGCACGCUUUACAACAGCUGUAUCUGGGCAUGUUUUACCCCGAUAAAUCGCUUUUUACACCGUUAUCCAGCUCAAAGUAGCUCCACACCUCCUUGCUAGAAUCCAGAGAGCUCUGACAUUUACUUUAAAAAUAACUUUAAAAGAGCUCAAGAUGCUUAUUAAAAACCACUGUUUACAUCCCAUAGUGCAGGUAAAUCUCCGGGCGCCGCCAUCACUGUACUGAUAAUUACAUAGACAUAUAUAUAUAUAUAUAUAUAUAUAUAGACUCCGCAUAGCCUGCCUCCUGGAGUAGCAGCCGGAGCCCAGUGCAUUAAUUUACACUGAGGAAGGUUCAAUACAUCUAUAAUAAUUUUAGCAAAGAGGUGUGAAGCUACUUUGAGCCUGAAUAAUGGGGUGAAAAAUGAGAUUUUUUUGGGGCAAAAUAUGCCCAGAAUUGGCCGUUGUAAAGAGUGCAGGGCAAAAAACACAAAAUUACUGUAACUCAGAAAGCUGCAGGAGAGAAGAGGAGAGCUAUUUAACAACAGUACUUUUUAUCAUGUUUUACUACACCCAAGUGCAUUUCACACCAGACUUCUUCUUUAAAACAGAUCUCGAUUAGGUUUAAGGCAAAUGUAAUGGGUAAAGGUCAGGAUAAAUAAUUGACGUCAGGUCAGUUGAUCUCUUCAUUGCUGAAUGCAGUCAAAUCCUCACAGCAAUGCUGCUGCAGCUCCAAUCUCUAGUAGAAAUUAUUUUUCUCUGGACAGUAAAGACAGUUACGCUCCAACAAAAGCAAGAUAUACUCUAAUAAAUACUCCUUUUUUCAGAAGAAACUCUAAAUAGGCAGAUUUUCCAAAAUGUUUGAUAAUAAUUUGCCAUAAUUCAACCAGAACGCCCAAAGAACCUGAUGAGACAUUGACUCCCGUUACUCCAGAAGAGGAAGGUCCGUGCAGACGCUUCUUUUCCCACAUAUUUCUACAGUUUUCUUCAGUUUAAACUCAAUCAAACACAAUCAGAGCUGAACUCAACUACCCAGCUCCAGUACAGAGUCUGGACUCUUUCUUCCCCUUCCUGAGCCUCCAUCUCUCCAUUUCCUCAGCCGGUCCGGUCCGGUUCUCCUUCCUGUUGGGAUGGGUGAAGUGAAACUGGCUUAUUUUGAGUGAUUUUUUGUAAUACUUGAGUCUAUAUUAACUCUCCAGGUUCCACAGAGCGAGCGUACAGCGUUAACGACUGAAGACACAACAGAGCUCUUGUGAUAUUUUGCACCACAAGAAUCAUUCCAAUAAAGUGUUACUUGUGUAAAUACCA